CAUUUGUCCACAAAUCCAACACAAACCAUGGCCAGCAAUAAACAAACCACCAAAAAAAUCCUCAUGCUCCCAUGGUUAGCCCACGGCCACAUUACCCCAUUCUUUGAGCUAGCCAAAAGACUCUCAAAAAGCUUCCAAAUUUGCUUAUGUUCUUCCCCCAUUAACCUCCAAGCCAUAAACCCAGACCCUGCCCCAAAUCACUCCAUUCAACUCAUUCCCCUCCAUCUCCCAUCCCUGCCCGACCUGCCCGCCCAUAUGCACACCACCAAAGGCCUUCCCUUGCACCUUGAGCCCACUUUGGUCAAGGCCUUCGACAUGGCCGCUCCCGGUUUCGAGCUUCUCUUGGACCGGCUCGAGCCGGACCUGGUCCUUUCGGACCUGUUCAUGCCAUGGGCGGCUCGGUCGGCGUUGUCGAGGAAUAUUCCGGUGGUUAGCUUCGUGGUCACUGGCGUAGCGGUUGUUGCUGGUUUGGUGAAUGGGUUUUGGAACAAGGGCCGGGAAUUUCCCUUUCCGGAAGUUGAUUUGAGUGAGCAUUGGGUUUCGAAGAGUAGUGGAAGGAAGGUUUGUGAUGAGGUGGGGCGUGAUUGGGCUAUGAGGUUUUUUGAGUGUAUGAGAAUGUCUUGUGAUGUGGCUUUGGUUAAUACUUCUCCCGAGUUUGAAGCCAAAUAUAUUCAGUUUCUUGCUUCCUCCUUGAAGAAAAAGGUUCUCCCAAUCGCUCCUCUAAUUCCACAAAUCGAACCAACCAAUGAGAAAUUAGAAAUCCUCGAAUGGCUCGACAAAAAAACACCAAAAUCAACUAUUUACGUUUCAUUCGGAAGCGAAUACUACCUAACAAAACAAGACACAGAAGAGCUAGCCCACGGUCUACACCAAAGCGGUGUGAAUUUCAUAUGGGUCAUUCGGUUCCCAAAGGGCCAAAACCUCACAAUCGAAGAAGCAUUACCAAAAAACUUCCUCAAGCAAACAGAAGACAAAGGACUCAUCAUCAAUGAAUGGGCGCCACAGUUGAAAAUACUGAGUCAUUCGAGUAUUGGCGGGUUCGUGUGUCAUUGUGGAUGGAACUCUGUGGUCGAGAGCAUCAUGUUUGGGGUGCCGAUUAUGGCGCUACCAAUGCAGCUCGACCAACCUUACCAUGCAAAGGUGGUCGAGUGCGCCGGUUUGUGUGUGGAGGCUAAAAGGGAUGGUGAAGGGAAUGUUAAGAGAGAAGAGGUAUUGAAGGCUAUUAAAGAAGUAAUGUUUGAGAAGAGAGGAGAGGCUUUGAGAGGGAAAGCGAGAGAGAUUGGUGAGGCUUUGAGGAAGAGGGAAAAAUGGAUUAUUUAUGAAGUGGUUGAUGAGUUUUGUAAGCUAUGCAAGCAGGAAAGUAAAGGCGUGUAGAGAUCGAAGAAUGGAGUACUUGAUAAAUUAUAUGGUGAGACUGUUGUAAUGUGACUGACAACUUAAAUAAGAAAUUUGAGUUAAAAGAA